AUCAUCCCCUCCCCUCCCCCAAAGAGUGAUCUAGUCGCGGUAGCCGGGCGGCCAUUACACUGGGAAGACUUUAGGAGUGAAGAAUCCUUUACCUAAAUCCAUCAUUUCUGAGAAGGAGUUGCAGCUGAGGCACGCAUCUAUGUAUUCUGAUCCUGACAGCCAGGGUACAUAUACCAGCGUCAUCCCCCCACCUCCCAGCAGGACGCAAGUCAAAAAGGUCUCCACAAGUGUGCCUCAUGAUGUGAUAGGGCAACGUGUGGCAGCAGCAGAACGCCAGGAUUCUACAUCCCCAGUUAUAUCUCCUCACCAAUCACCACCAACUUCACCAGUUGCUUGGAGGAAACACAGCAAGCAGCAUCCAAGUGGAGGGUCUGCUGCUGGUGAUGGGAUGUGGCCUGCCCACUCUCCUCCCCCUAACCAAGAGAACUGGGUGAGUUUCACUGACACUCCACCUAGCAGCACACUUCCUGCAGUGCAUCCAGCUUCUAUUCAGGAACACACGACGGUGAGGACUGUGGCAUCUGCUACAAAUGCCAUGGAAAUUCGUAGGCAAUCCAGUGGUUAUGAUGAUCCUUGGAAGAUUACAGAUGAGCAGAGACAAUAUUAUAUUAAUCAGUUUAAAAAUAUUCAGCCCGAUUUGAACGGUUUUAUUCCAGGAUCUGCUGCUAAAGAAUUUUUCACAAAAUCCAAACUGCCAAUUCUUGAACUUUCUCAUAUUUGGGAGCUAUCAGACUUUGACAAAGAUGGCGCUUUGACGUUGGAUGAGUUUUGUGCAGCUUUCCACCUAGUAGUGGCCAGAAAAAAUGGCUACGAUUUGCCAGAGAAGUUACCGGAAAGUUUGAUGCCAAAGUUGAUUGAUCUUGAUGAUGCAGGGGGAGUUGCUGAUCGGGCUUCAGAAACUGGCUUCUCAACCUCACCGGCAGACGUGCCCCCUAGCAAAUCACCAUCGAUGCCCUCACUAAACCAGACGUGGCCAGAACUGAACCAGGGCAGUGAGCAGUGGGAGACUUUUAGUGAACGCUCCUCAAGCUCGCAAACUCUGACCCAGUUUGAUUCUAACAUUGCACCAGCUGAUCCUGACACCGCUAUCGUUCACCCUGUACCAAUCCGCAUGACUCCAAGUAAAAUUCACAUGCAAGAAAUGGAGCUGAAAAGAAUUGGAAGUGAACUAACACACCCAACUAGCCCUUUGCUUACAAAUUCGCCUGAACUUUCAGAAGAAGCUAAGUUAGCCACCACUGUAAAAUUUGUUACAGGAAACACUGUAGCUGAUGGAUACAGUAGUUCAGAUUCAUUUGUUUCAGAGUCUGAUCAGAUCGGAAACAGCAUAACUCGGCAGCGUUCACAUUCAGGCACUUCGCCAGACAAUACUCUCAAGACUGCUGCGCCCCCUCCACCUCCUCCAAGACCCCAGCCUUCGCAUUCAAGGUCUUCAUCUCUAGACAUGAACAAAACAUUUUCUGCCAGCAACACGGGGCAACCGCAAGCAGGAAUUGUUGCCUGUCCCCCUGCAGUGCCUCCAAGACCUCAGCCCACACAGGUCACUGUGCCUCCAGUACAUCGCCCAGUAGAGGCUGAUAGCCAUGUAGCACGUGCCAACACCUCGCCUCAUCAGAUUCCAGAGCAGCCCAACUUUGCCGAUUUCCGGCAAUUUGAAGCAUUCGUGUCGAAGGGUACAGAACAGCAAAUAGAUGACUCGGGAAAACAUUCUGAAACUGUUCCGGCAGAAAAACCUUCAGAUUCAGCAGGGACCCUAAGAACAGCAAAACUAGAUGGUUCUAGUGAUGAAAAGCCAACUGGAAACGCAGCUAAAAGUACAUCAUCUCUUGUCCCCCCUCCAAAGCCUAUCCGCAGAAGAUUGAAAUCUGAUGAUGAGCUUCGUACAGAACCAGAGGAGCAUACCCCAAAAACUAGUGUAAUUAAUACUGUGCUAGUUGCGCAGUCAUCAAUCCCAAGAUCAUUUGGCAAAGACAAGAAGUCUAUUCAGGCUUCGAUCAGAAGAAAUAAAGAAACCAACACUGUAUUAGCCAGGCUCAACAGUGAAUUACAACAGCAACUGAAGGACGUGCUCGAGGAGAGAAUUUCUCUUGAAGUCCAGCUGGAACAGCUUCGGCCGUUUUCACAUUUGUAACAGAGCAGCCCGAGCGCUUGGAUGGGACUUUUUUUUUUAAAAAACCCGGUGUUUGAUCCGACUGUGUCACGGUACCCUCCUCCCUGCAGAUAGCUUACACCUGUGUUCAGCUUCGCCUGUCUACAAUGAAGCAAUAGGUUUACAUGGUUACUUUCAUUGAGCUGCACACUUGACACAUGGCUGCAGUAUGUUUAAGAAGCGCUGUGUUGGUGUGUGGGUGGCGGAUGACGAUACAAGAGGGUGUUAUAAAGCUGAUGGCCAUUCAAGCCCUGAAUCGGGAGGUCAUUUGCUUUUAGUGUUGAUUCUACAGAAGAGCAAAUAAUUUAACAACUCCUCCUAGAUCAGUCCAACAUAACACAGCUGGCUUACCCACAGGAUGAAAGUUCUUAGUGAGGCUAUGGCUUGUUGAAUACUUGGGAUUUGCUGCAUUUGAAAACGGGAGUGAUCAGCAACAUUGAAGCACCCAUACUCAAUUAAUCAACUUGCUUAACUGUAUGGAACAUGUUAAUAAUAGUAGAUUAUGAUUGUGAUUGUGCAAAGACUAGGGAUGGAAGAGCUGUGCUUGAAUGGGAAAUUGUUUCCUGUGUAGGUGUCAAAGUACUUCUCUUCUCAAUCUGCAUAACUUUCAUUUUGGAUGAGAAGUUGGGUUUUAUUCUAGUGUAUUGAGAGGAAAUGGCUUAUCUUGCUCUUCUCUGCUUCACUCAAAAAAAACCUGUUGCAUUCUUGCAGUAAAUGAUUUCUCUAUAUGUUUAUAACAACCUCUGAAGUACAUAAUGAAAUAUUUUGCACUACUGACGUAUGCGUGUAAUCAUGAUUAUUUGGCAUGGUUCAAAACCACUUUUUAAUUGGAGGGUGUAAAAGGUAAAAAUGCUUGAAGCCUGGGUAAAUGUUUAGGGACAGUAGCUACGAUGUUUUUAAAUACAUGUCUGACAGUCACUCGCUAAAGACUGUUUAUGAUAAAGCAGUCUGUUGGUUUGAAUAUGUUGAGAUGCUCGUGGGGAGCGGGCCUUUUUAACUUGAGUGCACUGAGCUCACUAAUGUUUCAUGGAGGAUGUGAGGCCUGACUGAUGCACAUACACGCAUGAUUAAGGGAGGUGGGUGUGCAGUGUUUUGCAUUUGGCUUUGCAAUUUCCAUCAGUUUCUGCAUGAUAUAUCCAUGAAAAGAAGCAGGAUCCUGGAAUGACACAUCUCACCUGCGAGGAGGAGGAAUAAGUGCAAAUACUGUGUCACUUCUCGUAAGCAUUUGUGAAAGAGAGAUCAUCUGGUGUGUGGCAUAAACGAUUUUGGGGUGAGAUGCCUGUGUGGAACUGUAAGUUACAUAUAAAAAGCCACCACUUGCAGGUGAAUCCGUGUGCAGUUUUGCAUGAAAUUUGCAUUAAGCAGCUGAUUCUAUACUCUCCUUUCCCCUAUUCUCACUCCAAAUGAAUUAAAAUAUGUGGGGUUUGUGCAGUAGCACAGUAUGUGGGAUAAAUUGUGAUGAUUUAGGACAGAAUAUUUUGUGUGUGUGUGUGUAUGUUGAUGACUUGCAGUUCUGUGGUUUCUCACAACACAGCCUCUAUCUGCAUGUUACUGACCGAUUUCCAUUCCACCAACAUAGCCUUCUGAGUACUGAAUACAUACUGUGCACCUCCCUGACACUGGUAAAGUGAUCUUUAAAUUUAAAUGGGAGUUUAAUCAAAAAUUGUACAGAACUAGAGAAUAUUUCUUUAAAUUAUUAUGCAAAAAGUGAGAUUUUAUAAUUAAGUUUGACAUUGGUGUUCAGUAUUCUAAGGGUUAAUAUGAUUUACAGUUUCUGUUUUCAAAAAAGAGAAAAAAACAUUUUUUUGCAUUUGGGAUUAUCUUUUGUUUCUGUAAUUUCAAGCCUUACUGUUCUAGCUUUGUACUUCAAAAGAGAAGGGAUGAACAGGGAGGGAAGGCUUCGCGUCCUGACCGAAUCAGAAUCGCCUUGUUAUUCAGGUCAAUGUACUGUAUAAGGGGUAUGAUGUAAAUUGUAUAAUACACUUUUGAUCUUGUAUGUAAAUUUCCAUUAAAUUGCUGACUAACAGCAGCUCUAUUUAAUUGCUUACUCUAGCUCUGGGAUCUUGGAUGUUAAAGUGCAUGGAUAUAUCUUGGCAGAGCAAUCUAGCAACUGUGAUUUUUACACAAAUAAAACAGCACAAUAUUUUACCUGA